AUGCGCCCAAGCCAGCGUUUUCUUGUCACGGCUCUGCUUCUUUGCUUCAUUGUAUGGUUUGGGAAGCGCUUGACCACUCCGGCGCAGGAGAUCUACCAAUUGUCACGUUGGCAUAACGGGGUCGCAUUGGGUUACGCGGCGCCUUUCCCAUCUAGCAUCUCUUCUCUGAAUACCUCAGCCACUAGAAUAAGGCGACCAAGCAUCACCGACCUGACUCCCUCACAGCACGAGGGUGCUGAGUCGUCUAUUGGCAACCGCCAUUCUACUGUCAAGAUAACAGCGGUCGAUCGCGUUAUUGUUGUAGGGAAAACGAAAGAUGACGAUACAGACUGGGUCGUAAAUGAAUUGACCAAUUGGUUGCACGCGAUUUAUGCAGUCGAUGAUCCAGAAGCGCCUCUCCACGUAACCAAGAACAAAGGAAAUGAAGCCAAUGUAUAUCUGCAAUAUAUUAUUGACAAUUACGAUGACCUCCCUUCUACUAUUGUCUUCCUCCACAGCCAUCGGGAUGGCUAUCCAAGAGCUUGGCAUACGGAAUUCUCUGAUCACAGCAAUGUGAGGGCCGUACGGAUGCUCAAAACAGAUUUCGUUCAAAGAAAUGGUUACGCCAACCUUCGUUGUAACCAUAACCCGGGCUGCCCUGACGAGAUCCGUCCAUUUCGCGCCGAGAAAAGUGAGGACCACUUGCCGGAGCAGGUGUUUCCUGAGGUUUGGGAGACUUUCUUCAAUAAUACCAAUGUCCCAGAGAUUAUCGCAACCCCCUGCUGCGCACAAUUUGCGGUGUCAAGAGCGCAGGUACUGCAGCGCCCAUUGAGUAGCUAUAUACGGUAUCACCAAUGGCUUAUGGACACCGAAUUACCGAGCAAUGUCAGUGGACGAGUUAUGGAAUACAUGUGGCAUAUUAUAUUCGGGCAGGAUCCAGUCUAG